AUGUGUAGAAAGCUUUCAUGCCUUUCUCAAAGGAUUGAAGGCCUUGUACACUUGAGGCACCUUUUCAAUUUUGGGACCUCUGAGUCACUUCAAAUUCCACAAGGACUCAGGAAGCUUACUUCACUUUGUACUUUGACUCAGUUCAUCGCCAGGAGCAACUCUGAUGAUUUGGCAAUUUUGAAGGACUUGAACCAACUGGAAAGAUUGAUCGUUCAUAUUCAUGGAGAAGUAGAUUUUGGGAGAGCUGAACUUGGAAAGAAAAUCUACAUGCGUGAAAUGUCUUUGUUGUUUAGCAAUGGGGUCCACUUUAUAGAAACUCCAAGUUGUAUUGAAAGCGUGGAACCACCUCCAAACUUGCAACAAUUUGCGUUAACUCGCUGUCCAGGAAACGAGUUACCAAGUUGGCUUGUGACGACGUCUCUCGUCAAUAACUUAACGAAGCUAAUUAUCAAUGAGGCCCACAAUAUCUCAUCCUUGCCAACCUUGUGGAAGCUGUCGUCCUUAGAAGAACUUGGGCCCAUUGGAGUGGGAAAGCUAGAAUGUCUGGGUAAGGAAUUCUUUGGAAUUACAAAAGCACUGCAUGAGAACAGUCAUGAAACUUUUGAUACAUUGUCAAACUUUGAGGCAUCAUCCUUAACUGAAGCAGUAGCAUUUCCGAAUUUGAGAAAAUUACGAUUCUCUUACUUCCAAAAUUGGACAAAUUGGGAAGACUUAAGUGAAGAUGAUGAAGAAGUUGCUGUCUCUAUCAUGCCACGUCUGGAGGAGCUAAAAAUUUAUGACUGUGAAAAGCUUGAAAUUCUGCCACAUCGCAUCCUCAGAAGGAUAUCGUCUCUCAAAACAUUGGAUAUUCGGAAUUGUUUCAAGUUGAGCGAUCAUUACUCUAAUAAAACAGGAGAUGACUGGAUAUAG